CUGGUCGUCAUGAAAGUGAAACCAAUUUUGGACUGUAUCAAUCAGGAGUGAUUUACGCUGCCAAAGAUCUGAUUAUCUCCGAUUUCAUCAUUUCACAUUAGAUAAGAGAUAUUUUGGUCGUGUAAUUUGGAAGUGACGAUAGCCUCGCUGUUAUUGUAGAAUGUUUAAGGACGUACACCAUCUCUGUUUCCGUUUGUGGUAGCAAGGAAAAAUGGCAGGUCAAACUUCACGAGAAUUUGUUAGUGUUCUUAUUCCAAGGAAAAUAGAUUCAAGAAUUUUACUCACAAAUCUAGACGGCAAGGGAUUAUGGAUGCCAACAGCAUUUCGACAUGAUGUAGAAACCUUUCAGAGUGUCGCAAAUAAAUUAAUAACAGAGGUGACAGGCCAGGAUCUAGGGCCAUGUAAAGGGAUCAUCAGGAUGAUUUUCUACCACUUCAGCUCUAGCCCCGCUGCCACACACAUUGUGUUCCUGACACAGCCUGUGGAGGACUGCGACACGUGUUCUGAUGAGGCUGUUUGGUGUAAUGUGGAAGAAAUGGAACAACAAACUCAUGCAGAUCCAGGGCUGCUAGGACUGGAGCCAAUCAACCUGGCUAAACAUCUCAAUAACACAUCCUUGACAAUGAAUGUAUUAAGUGAGAUGAGAGUGGAAUACAUUGACACAGACAAAGAAGAUACAUCACAGCUCUCGGCCCAGGAGGCCGUCAUCAAGUCGGCCAAACUCGGCAAGAAAGAGCAAGACCUUCUGUAUCAGGAGUUCAUGGAUUGGUGUUUACCCUGCUCUAUGAUGAACAAAACUGUCUUCAAGGAGUACAUUGUACACAAGGGGGCAAAGGAAGAGCAGGUGGAGGCCCUGUUCAGGGCCUUUGAUAUGCAUAAGAAGAGGAUUCUACAGUUUAAGGAUGUCCUAGUUGGCCUGGCAGCCCUUGAGCCCUCCACACAACAUGGCGGAAUGCCAGCAGAAAUGAGAUGUAGAUAUAUCUUCAGGUUCUAUGAUCACAACGUUGAUGGCUUCCUGCAGUUUGAAGAAUUUAAAUGUAUGGUUAGGGACAUACGUAAAAUCAAAGGUCUGUCUCUGGAUGAUGAAGCAGUCAAUGAAGAUGCUCAGAAAAGUGCCAAGUUGUUUGGAAAUGAGACAAAGAAUAAGCUCCCUUUAGGAGAAUUUCUGACAGCUGUGGGACAGCUGAAGUUCCGAGGGACAUCUGUACUGUUCAGAUUACCCCAGUCCUGUGUGUCAGGGCUUAAAGGGAAUGAGAACCACUUAAAUCACACGGGGGAGACAAUGGAACCACCCUUAAAGAGAUGCCGCCCCAAACUUCUGGAUUCUGUCAAAUCAUCCCCACCAAGAAAGUUAAAUGCUACAGAUACAGAAAUGGACGUGUUCAAGCUUCCAGAAGGUCGUCCAUUAUCUGCGGGGAGAUUUAUGCACCAGAUCCGAUAUGAACUUGCCACACACACAGUUAAAGUACGGCGGACAGGGGUCUUAUCUGAUGUCGUCAAACUCUGGGAUUUACAAGGGACCCCCGCUGUGACAGAGAGUGCAGCCUGUCAUUUAGAGGGAGACAUUUCACGAUUUCAGAGGAUGCCGUCAAUAGACUCAUUUAAUGCUAGAUCUCAUCCCAAUGAAAUGUUGACCGGUCUGAGAUAUUUUGAGAGGGCGAUCAAGGGAGAUAAUGGAGGACCAACAAAGCCAGGAUUUGACUGGGGACAAGUGGACACUAAUGCCCUCGCUAAAUGUCUGUUGACCUUGUGUCGUGAACUUAAGGACUCCUUGUGUCUGGAACCACGAUUAGUAAAGCUGAAAUCCCCUGUCUACAUUCUCGGAGAUAUCCACGGGAACUACAGGGACUUGGUGUGUUUUGAGAAAGCGUUAUGGAGGAUGGGACCUCUGUUAACCCCAGCCUCCUUCCUGUUUCUGGGGGACUACGUGGACCGAGGGGAGUAUGGAGUAGAGGUCAUUUCCUAUUUGUUUGCCCAAAAGAUGCUUGCCCAGAACAAAUUUUAUCUCCUGAGAGGAAACCACGAGCUCAGAUCUGUUCAGGAAAUGUUCUCAUUUAAAAAUGAGUGUGUACAGAAGUUUGGGGAGUCAGUAGGAAUUCAGGUGUGGGAGGCGGUCAAUGACUGUUUUGAUGCCAUGCCAAUAGCAGCUACUGUCGAUGAUAAGGUGUUCUGUGUUCACGGAGGGAUACCCUGUUCUGACAUUAAUAUUGAGAACAUAAACAAAAUUCCUGUACCUCUGAAGGAUCCAGAAAUAGAAAGUCCCCUAGCCUGGGAGAUCAUGUGGAGUGACCCUGUCAGCAUGGAUUUGAUGACUCCAGAUAACAUCAAGGAUUUAAAUGAGCACAAUGGAUUUAUUUACAACACAAGGCGAGGAACAGCUUAUUUCUUCAGCUGUGAGGCCUUAAUGUCUUUUCUGGAUAAAAAUGGCUUGUCUCAUGUGAUAAGAGCUCAUGAAGUGCAGGAAAAUGGCUUUCAGGUCCAGCAGCAGGGUAGACUGAUGACUGUGUUCUCCUCUUCUCAUUAUUGUGGUGGAUCUAAUGAGGCGGCCUGUGUGCUGGCAGACAAUUAUAAGCUAAGGAUGAUCAGGAUAGACACCACAUGACAAUCUCCCAGAAUUCCCUGUGACUUACAAUCCCAGCAUUCAUUGUGCAUCAAGUCCCUGAUCUCAGAUUAGCAGGCAGCUGUAGAAACAUUUGAAGAGAGACGAAAAGAGGCAGGAACAUAGCCGACUCAACAUGGCCGACUGAACAUGGCAGUGUGUUUUUUAUUUACCCUUGUGAUAACUGGGCUUCACAUUCCUCUGUGUCAUUUCACUGUAAACUGGUAUUACAUGUCUGUAUAUGUUUUGAAGUGAUUGUACAAUUUGAUUGUACUUUGAUUCUUUAUUAAAUAAAUGUGUAAUCAGACUGUUAAGUUUUAAUGCUUGUAAAAAUUAUUUUUAUUUAAUUGAUCAAUGUAUUUAAAUCUAUUUUAUGAACAUUUUUAUAUGUUAAAAGGUACAGACAGAGUUGUACAUAAUACAGAUUGUUAAAUAAUUAAAUAUUUUGUGAUGGAAAGAUUUUCAAGUGAUGACCAAAUGGAGAAAACUAGUCCUACUUGAAAAAUGAAUUAUAUUUUAUUUUAAUUGGAAACAGAACACAGUGGUACUGGUUCAGGUACACAAAUAUUGAUCAAUAUGAUGACUGCGUUUACCAACAAAUUGAUGAGAUUAAGAAAUGGAAUAAUUUUCAUUUUGUUCAACCUGCUGUAUUGUGGAUUCAAUUUUGAAGUUCUGAAAAGCAUGCCCUAUAGUAGUGUUGCUUUUUCGUGUAAGACAAUUUUUUGUUUAUUUCUUUUUCAUUUAUAAAUCAUUACAAAUAGAAAAGAUUUAAUUUGGUAAAUACAGUGUAUGUUCAAAACACUUUUUUUCAUCUUUGAAAGAGAAGACCUAUCAACACUGCAACACUACACUACAACUAAAUUGCAUAUUUGUCUACACUAACUAUUAAAACCAUUACAAUUCAACUA